AUGCCUACUCGCAAUAAUUCUGUUUUGGACUGGUGCUUUACCAACAAGCCUAAACUGCUAUUAAAACCAGUACAGUUACCCAAGAUUGGAAGUGGUGAUCACAACGCUCUUCUGAUUAACCCAGUAAAUGGUAAUCAGUCCUCAAAUGUGAGGGCUAAAUCCAAAAUAUUGCGUGACACCAGGGUCAGUCGUUUACAGGACUUUGGGGCAUGGAUAACAACUUAUGACUGGUCAGCAAUUUUAAACAUCUCGGAGGUGCAGGUGAAGUUUGACUUACUACGCAGUUGUCUGAUGAAGGCUGUUGACACAUUUUUUCCAUCCAGGAAAGUUGAAAUCUCGGCAACCGACAAACCGUGGAUCACCUCAAGUUUGAAACUCCUGAUUGCAAGCGCCAAAAAGCCCUCCCUAAAUGGGGGAAGACUUCUGACAUUUACAAGCAACUUCGGAAUAGAGUCCAGGAAGCGUGCUCUAAAUCUAAGAAACGUUUUUAUGAGAACAAAGUCUGGUCUGCAGGACUCGAAUAUCUCUCGGUGGUGGAGGGACAUCAAAGAGUUGCGUGGCCUUUCGCGCUCUGGUGAUUGGUCAGCUCAGCUGAUUGGCAGCAAAAUUCCUGAUGAAGCUACACUAGCACUGAAGUUUAACAAAUUUCUUGGCAGUCUGACGGCUCACUUUCGUCCCUUAGAGCCUCUCUCACCGGUAUUUGGACCGGUGCCUGCGCACCUGUAUGUCUCCAAGCGUACAGUGUAUAGGACCCUACGAGCCUUGAAGGUAAAAAAAUCCCCAGGUUCCGAGUUGA